AUGAAGCAGGAAACAUCGAGUCUGCCACUCAUCUUCACGGUGACCAGCGCGGUGGCCCUCCUCGGCCUGACGAUAUUCACUGCGAUCGCUGUCUACAGACAACUGCUACCACGAUUUUUACGCCUCAUGUUAGAGGGAGUGUGCCUAGUGGGCGCGACAGGGCUAGCGACCUUCCUACUAUGUCAUUACGGACUGUAUACGCGCGCCCUCACUCUCACCCUAGGCGAUCAGCUCCUCCUUGCACCUCACACCGACGCCGACCUUGACUCCCAUCUCCUCAAGCUCUUCUGCCACUGCCUCCGCGUCAGCUCCGAUAAGCCUGGUCUCACUGUCUGGACCGCAGCUGUCUCCCCCAAUCGUGUCACUGGCCGACUCUACACCCUCUUGCUACCGGUAUCGCAGCAGCCACCAACAGUCAUUCCUUUGCGUCUGUCCAUCGGGGAUCGCCUGACGGUGAAGUCAGCGCCAAAUGACAUAAAGAUGGCGAUCUACGCACCCGAUUGGAACUGGAGCGAGUGGGAGGAGGCGGGUCUGCAGCAGGAACCGCACGAGACCUGCUGCGCCUGGUGGCAGCUGCGUCCCUUGAAGCCCACAAUCAGCAUGGAGAUAGAGACCUCGGGUCUGCAUCACCUCGUGCUGCGAGGGCCUCCCACAGCAGCUGGGAGCGUCGUGGGAAUGAGCAUUAAUCGCUCCAUCUUCGAGGCCUCCGUCUGUGAUCCCGUGGUGUGCGACGCAAUCCGCGUCAACUCUUGCCGUGUGGACACCUUCGAGAGACCUAGCAUCCUCGAGGUGCGCAUCACCGAAGGCUCGGAGAGUGACUUUGACAUUCUACAAGUGUGGAUUGCCUGCGAGUACAAGGGCUGGGCAGUCGCCCUCUUCGCUAGCAUUGUCUCUUUGGGGGGUAUGGCAAUCAUAUGUCUCGUUGGCUGUUGCAGAAGGCAUCUUCGUUUCAACAAAGCAAGAAUGAGUUCAGCUAGUCCAGUCUACGCCUACCCUAGGGAACAAACUGUUGGAACCGCUUAUGUUAAACAUGGAGUUGAUUUUGUAUGA